AUGAUAGAUAAUAAUCAUAAAUAUAGAGUAGAAAUACAGCAAAUGAUGUUUGUUUCGGGUGAGACUAAUGAUCCUCCCAUUGAAGUAACGUCCUUGAUAGAAGAUAUAGUGAGAGGUCAAGUGGUAGAGAUUCUAUUACAAGCGAACAAGACGGCACAUUGUAGGGGUAGUAAGAGUAUUCUCCCGGAAGAUGUUAUAUUUUUAAUCAGACACGACAAGGCUAAAGUUAACCGUCUGAGAACUUACUUGUCAUGGAAGGAUUUACGUAAGAAUGCUAAAGAUCAGGAUGCUAGUGCAAGUGCAGCAGGUGCUGGUGCUGGUGGAGACGAUGAUGAUGGUAAGAAAGGGGCCGAUAAAGUAGACAAGGACGAUAAAGAUGGUGGUAAUAUGAUGAAAGUUAAGAAAUCACAAAUUAGAUUACCUUGGGAAUUACAGUUUAUGUUUAACGAGCAACCACUAGAGAAUAAUGAGGAUGAGAAUGAUUUAGAUGAAGAUGAAAGAGAAGCAAAUAUUGCCACUUUGAAAAGAUUAAAAGCUGCAGAUGACCGUACGAGAAAUAUGACCAAAGAGGAAUAUGUACACUGGUCUGAUUGUAGACAAGCAAGUUUUACAUUUCGUAAGAGUAAAAGAUUUAAAGACUGGUCAGGUAUUUCACAAUUAACAGAAGGGAAACCACAUGAUGAUGUUAUUGAUAUAUUAGGUUUUUUAACAUUUGAAAUUGUAUGUUCAAUUACAGAAACAGCAUUAAAGAUGAAGAAAAGGGAACAAAUAUUGCAGAGUCAAAACGCAAAGAAUAAACAAGCAUCACAGGAUUUGACAUUUGAAGUUACGACAUUAAAUAAAAGGAAACGAUUGUUUGAUGGGCCAGAUAAUGUUGUCAAUCCUUUACAAGCUAUUCAUAUUGAAGAAGCUUGGAGAAUCCUACAAGCUGUAGAUACGAAACAUAAAGCUUUAACCAAUUUCAAAGGUAGUAGAUUAUCAACAAGGCCAAUUCUUUUAUAA